UGUGUGUGUCAUAUGAAGCCACACCUUUUACUAACCUUACCUUCCCUACCCAGGUCAAAUAUGUAAGAAGGGAAGCUCGAUAAACUGUAUGUUAUUCUCGUUCAACAUUUAAUCACAUCUCACACACCUGAAACGCCAAGCAAAAACCAUGUCUUUCACCAGAAGGUCAUAUGGUCAAACAGUUUCGACUGGGAGCAGCAGUACCACUAAAGUAGUGGAAGACAGCAAAAAGAAGACAUCACUGCUGAAGGACAACAGCUGGAUCAAGACCAAUGUGAAUGAAGAAGAGCCAGUCGAACGUGAGUCAAACUUUGGCAAAACUGUUCUGACUCGUUACAAGUCCAAUGAAAACCUUAUCAGCCCUGCAGAUAGUAAAACUAGCAAAACCGAGAGCAAAACCACCACCACCUCUUCAUCAGUUUCUUCUGUCCAAGCUCUCAGUAAAAGAUUUGGAGGGAGCCAGGACAAGCUGAAUGAAAGAAGAACCACUGGAACUAAAACAACAGUGAAAACGGAGCCCAAGACAAGCACUACAACUACAACAGUCAAAGAUGGUACAAAGAUAACUGAGACAACUGUCACUACAACCAGUAAAGAUGUAGUGAAAAGCAGGGCUGCAAUGUUCAGUGAACGAGAUCAGACAAAUUUAAAGAAGAGUUCUGGUGACUACAAGACUGAAGUCAUUACAGUGAAGUCAUCAAAGGACACCAUUGAUGGACCAACCUCCCCUGUCAAGACUACUACAAGUGUCAAAACUUACACCAAGGAGGAAGUUUCACCAGCUAAAACAACAUCUCACUCUAUCCAGUCCACAAAAAGUGACUACAAGACUGAAGUCAUUACUGUAAAGUCAUCAAAGGAAACCAUUGAUGUACCAAAGUCACCUGUCAAGACCACCACAAGCAUCAAAACCUACACCAACAAGGAGGAAGUUUCACCAACUAAAACAAAAACCUACUCUGUCCGCUCCACAAAGAGCACUGAUGAUCAACUGUUUGACACUCUGAUACCUUCGUCAGUAAAGACAGUCUACACCAAACCUGACAGCAGUGACUACAAGACUGAAGUCAUUACUGUGAAAUCAUCAAAGGAAACCAUUGAUGUGCCAAGCUCACCUGUCAAAACCACCACAAGCAUCAAAACUUACACCAAGGAGGAAGUUUCACCAGCUAAAACAACAUCCUACUCUAUCCAAUCCACAAAGAGCACUGAGGAUCAACUAUUUGACACUCUCAUACCAACGUCAAUCAAGACAACCUACACAAACAAAGGCAGCAGUCGCGAGGAAGAUAUAACUGUCUCCAAAUCCACCAAAACAGUGUACUCCACAAACGACAGACAUGAGUGGACUAGUGUCACAAGUCCUACUUUCACCAGAACAUCAUACACAGAGAACAGGCCUACUGAUUACCUUUCUGACAGCCUUACAUCAAAAACCACUACAACAGUGUACACAUCACCUGAGAGGAAAGUCAGUGAGAGAGACCUUUGUACAUACUGCCGUAAAAACAUGUACAAUGCAGAAAAGAUGAUACUGGAUGACAUGAACAUAAACUGUCAUGCAAGUUGUUUUAAGUGUGAGGUAUGCAAUACUUCCCUUGGAAACCUAAAGGCAGGAGACAGCUUGUGGGUCUACCGUCGCUCUGUUCACUGUGAAAGCUGUUUUGGUGUCACCAAGGGCAAGUGGCAUCGCUGAAACUACGUUGACCAUUAAUGAAGUGAAAUAAUAGAAAACGAUAUGCCAAAUAUUUAGACAGCCUAUACCAGUACUUUCUUAUGAUUUUAAUGUGUACCAGGGUCAUAUACAUUACAUUUAAUAGUUUUGGUGGUGGUCUUAUUAAUUGAGUGCAUUAAUAGCUAUAAUUUGUUCGGUGAUGUGUAUCUCAUCUAACUACCAAAAUAAUAAUAUUUCCUAAAAAAGGAAAAUACUUUUCUUCAUAAGCUCAUGUAUGAUAAUAAAUAUUAGUAAGUUGAUUUGUUCUAGUUUUUUGUCACUAGUGUAAUAUUAAUAAAGGAUUAAUGUCUUUAAUAUGAAAA